AUGGGGGAUGAGUCUGAGGAGUCUUGGAUAUGUAGAAAAUUAUUAAAUCUGAGAGAAGUAGCUUAUCAGUUCCUCAAGAUUGAAGUUAAAGAUGGCAGGAACUGUCACUUCUGGUUCGAUGAUUGGGCAGGGCAGGGGCGAUUGAUAGACACGACAGGAGCUGCAGGUACUAUUCUUCUUGGUGUGCAGAGACAUGCUAAGGUCUGUGAUGCAGUAACAAUGGAUGGUUGGAGGAUAAAAGGACAGAGAGGUAGGCGUUCUCAUGAUCUAUAUAAUAGUAUUAUGGCAAUAGAACCACCUCGUCCUGAGGAUGGAAGUGAUAUAAUUUUAUGGAGGCACAGUGAGGAUGACUACAAAGUGGUUUUCUCUGCAAAGCAGACUUGGGAACCGAUUAGACCAAGGCGGAGCAAAGUUGUAUGGUUUCUACAGGGAGUUCCUCGUUUCUCUUUUAUCCUUUGGCUUGCGAUAAAUAACAAGCUUUCUACGGGAGAUAGAAUGAGGCAAUGGGGGAUAACCCAAGGCUGUGAACUUUGUGGGGAAAGGGAUGAGACAAGAGACCAUCUGUUCUUUACUUGUCCCUACUCCUAUACGAUAUGGGAGAGACUAGCCCGAAGACUUGUGGGAAGCGACAUCAAUCCGGAUUGGCAGUGGACGGUGCAGCAGUUGCAGAGAAUGGGGGGUAGGGGAGUUGAUCCGUGUCUAGCAAGACUUUUGUUUCAGACGAUAGUUUACCAUAUAUGGAGGGAGAGAAAUGGAAGGAGGCAUCAAAGCUGCAGGAUCAGAAGCGUAGGCUUAUUGAUAAAGCCAUGA